UAAGAUACUACAUUGUAAUGUGAUAUAGAUAUGUCACUCCACAGGUAUGAAAAUCAGGGUGAUUUUUAUGGGUUGAUAAACCUUAUAAACACGGAAGUCCGAUAGGAAUCAUUUUGUUUUGUGUCUGAGGAAAGACGCACAGCUGUGAUAUACUCAACCUCACAAUGUGAUCUACUAUAGACAACGCAAUUGUCAUACAGCUGUUCCCAAAAAGACAGAUAGAUCCGAAUUUGGCUUGAUAGGAACCAUGGCGGAUGAAGAGGAAGAGGACGUUCAGGAAUUUUCUGUCACAAAAUUAUCUGGGCAACGAGUGGUGCUGAAGUUUGAUGUCAGGAAUGACACAUUUACAUAUAUCAAAAAGGGAGAUGUAAAACAUUCUUGCACGAUAGAAGAACUGAAUGUCACCAAUAAGAAUGGAUUUCAAAUAGAAGUUAGGAUUGGCGAUUUAACGAAAGUUUUGACAGUCGAAAAUUAUCCUGUGAAAAAAGAAAUACUUGAUUGCAUACAGGCAAUUAAAGAGGAACAGGCAUCCAAAUCGAGUUUUCCCAUGCAACCGGGAUCUAGAAUUAUAAAGGAAGGCUACUUGAUGAAAAAGGGGAACGCUGCAUUCGAAAAAUGGGCAAGGCGAAAAGUUUGCAUUAAACAAGGGGUUAUGAUCUACUACCCUGAAAACUCCGAGAAAAGGGUCCUACUAUCUCCUGUAACAGAGUGUCACGUGGACGGUGUAGGAGCAGAUAAAAUCAAUGUUACAGUACCAGGGAGAACAUACAGUUUUCAGAUCCCAGACUCCGUAAGAGACAAAAAGGAAGAGCAGCAUGAAUGGAUCAGGUGCAUUAGAGUAGCUAUAUCAGACAGCCAAAUCCAUCGCCCUGGUCUGGGAAGUGCAAAAGUGUUACCUGAUUUGAUAUCUCCUAACAGACUAAGUGCCAAACGGAAAUCAAAGACUCUGAAACAAGGUUAUCUGGAUAAGCAGGGACACGCCACAGUGAAACUAUGGAACGAGCGCUUCGUCAAGGUGGAACCAGGGAAAUUCUCUUAUGCACUACCCAACAAAGCAGAAAAUACCUUAAACGUGGUUUAUCUCCAAGAAAGCAACGUCUGCAUCAUAGCCACCAAAAACUAUGGAUUUGAUGUCAAAGUUCCUCAGAGAAUUUACCAUUUUAGGUUACUGGAAAGUACAGAAAACAGAGAAGAGGAAUAUUCCGCUUGGAUAGAAGCCUUUAACAAAGCCUGCAGCAUGAAGCGCUCUUCUUUGUUAGUUGAUGAUUUGGACCAGAAAAAUAAAUGCAGCGAGACUAAUCCACCGGAAAAGGACGUUCAAACUGCAGAUGAAGGUGUUGCUGAUGAUAGCAAUAGAUUAACUUUAAUGGUGCCUCCUGGAGAAAAAUUAAACGUGUUAAAAAAGCCAACUAGACCAGGCACGAAACGACCGACCCGACGUACCAUUAGGAAUGAUGCUCAACCACUUCACACAUUAGAGUGACCGUUUUACCAUGUGGUGCUCUGAUUGUCAUGUUCAAUUUGAUUUACAUAAUAUAUAUAUAGCCUUUAAAAACAUUUCCUGUUUUUAUUAUGUGCUUUGUGUUAGAGAAAUUGUUGAUCACUUGUUGCCUUGCAUUUUCUUUAAUUUAGUGCAUUACUUCAAAAUGAUAAAACAAUUAACGAUAUGUCCAAUAUUCACAUGAUCCUUGAUAUUCAUUUAACCAGAUCUAUUACAAAACUGAUACUAUAUCAAAUGACUAUUCGUGUAUAGGAUUUAUAUAAAAUAAAACUAUACUCGGAUCACA